AUGGAGUUGAUUGUUAUUGACAUUCUUCCGGGAAGAGAUGUGGUGGAGGAUCUCAUUAACUUAGCUCAAUCUCGACAAGCUGGAAUCACUGUGUUAAGUGGUUUUGGUUUAGUCUCUGAUGUUACCAUUCUCCUUCCAGAGACAGGGGCCACUGGUUUCCCCAUCGAAGGACCAUCCAAUAUGGUAUUUCUAAGGGGAACUUACAUAAACCCUAAUAUUGAUCAAACUUCUUCCUCAUCGAUGAGUAUUGCCUCGUCAAAUUCAUAUUUCUCCAUUUCUGUUUCCCGCGGAAACCAAGGACACAUUUUUGGUGGAAUUGUUCAAGGAAAGAUCAUAGCUGCAGGCGUUGUUAAAAUUACUGCAGCUCUUAUUAAAAAACCUGAUUUUCAUAAGUUGGGCAAUAUCGAUGGAAUUCAUCACGAGACGUAA